AUCCCGCCUGGCUGUAACGGGCGGGGUUUCCUGCUCGCUCCUGUGCCAUGUUUGAGAUGUCUCCUUAACAACCGAUGCGAGAGUCAAACAGGAGAAGUUUUCUUCGGACAAACGUUUGGAGUCGGAAUGGCCGGGACUGGUGAGGGAAAGAAGGAAGAGGCCGACUACAAGAGACUGCACAGCUUCCCUCUCAUCAGACACACAGACAUGCCAGAGGAAAUGAGGGUUGAGACCAUGGAGUUGUGUGUAACAGCCUGUGAAAAAUUUGCUACCAAUAACGAAAGCGCGGCUAAGAUGAUAAAGGAGUCCAUGGAUAAGAAGUUUGGUAGCUCGUGGCACGUGGUGAUUGGCGAGGGCUUCGGCUUCGAGGUCACACACGAAGUGAAGAACCUGCUCUACAUGUUUUUCGGUGGGGUGAAGAACCUGCGGGGUGGAGUGUGCUCUUAG